AUCAUAAAUCUAGUCUGCUACUAUACUACCCUCUUUGAAGGGAAAAAGAAGUGCCAUUGCUACACUCAAAAGAAACCUUUUUUGAUUUAAGUUUCCCCUCUCAUCUCUACUUAUUUAGGUUAAGUUCUUAUUUCAUUUGACAUUUGCAUCAGAAACAUAAGAAUUUUAUCUUAGAAAAGGUUGUUCUCUCUCUGUGCUUCAUUUUGGAGGAUCAUGAGUUUGUCUGCUGCUUCCAAUUUGGACUUGUUUUGGAUCAAAUGAGGAAUGCUGUUCUUCCACUUGUAUCUUCAGAAAUCUACAACUUUGGGAGCAAUGAGGUUCAGAUGCCAAACUUAAACAUCUCAAUGGACAGCAAAGUAAGUGCCUAUGGUUCUAGCUUUUGUUUGGGGUCUAGAGCUAUUGAUGAUGGUAACCAGCUUAGAAGUGGAGAAUUUGUCAUUCCUUAUCAACACUACCAAUCAGCAGGUAAUUAUCAGUUUACAUCAUCUAAUAGGGACAACAAUGCACAACAGUCAAUUCAUCCACAGCAAUUAGCCACAACAAUGAGGAAAAGAUCAAUUGAUGUUAUUAGUCAAUUGCACCAAGGAGGCAUAACUAAUCUAACGGAAAACACAACUUUUAGUGAUUGGAAGAGUAAUAAAAGAAGGAAAGCAACUUCCUUUGAAGAACAAUGGCUUCACCAAGUCCAAAAAUCAUCUAAUGUCAAAGAGCAAAAGGUCACUGUAACGAGAAGCCAAAAACUAAGUGACAAAAUCACAGCUUUACAAAAAUUGGUCUCUCCAUAUGGGAAGACAGAUACUGCCUCAGUCCUUCAAGAGGCUUCUCUUUAUAUCAAGCUUCUUCAACAGCAAAUUCAGAAUUUGUUCCAGAUGCUGAGUAGCUCAUGCCCUUCACAGAAAAUUGAUGGCGAAAUGCUAGACCUACAAAGUAAAGGGCUUUGCUUGUUUCCUACAUCAGUUAUGCAGAAAUUGUCCCAAGAACAUGGUUUUGCUACUUGUAAUGCCUACUCUAGUUUAUUUAUAUAAUCGGAUUUGAGUAGCGGAUACCUUAAGGGUUGGAAUCAAAUUCCAUCCGAACAUGAGAACUAAACUCGUCCUAAUAUAAAUUAUUUAAAUUCGUCCUAUUAAAUUCA